UAUGUUUGACACAGUGAGUGGUGGACAAAAGGUACUACUCUUAUGGUCAGGCUCAUCCCCUGCUGUUAACCUGCAAGAUGUAGUACAACAGUUAAAUAACAAAGUCGGAGAAAAUGGGAAAGUACAGCUGGAGCAUGUAGAUAGAUUGUCUUUGUCGAAUUUACAAGAUUCCACAUUUGAUGUGGUUCUCUCAGGGCUUCUACUACCAGGCAUCAUUACACAUAGUGCUGAUAUCUUGGCUACUAUCGCCAAAGUUCUAAAACCAAAUGGUAUACUGAUUGUACGAGAGCCUGUCACACAGAGCAAUGAUGCCAAUACAGUUGUGAGAACAUCAGCUAAACUCAUCAGCUCAUUAAAAUUGUCUGGUUUUGUUGACGUUGCUGUGGCUAAAUCAGUUGACCUCGAUGAAUCCGUGUUGAGCCAGAUUAAAGCGUCUCUCAAACUCUCAAAUGAAGUUAACAUGGUGGAGGUUGUUUCAAGUAAACCUGGCUUUGAAGUUGGUUCAAGUUCUCAGUUAUCAUUUGCUAAAAAACCUAAAACAGAAGUUAAUUCAUCAAAAGCAACAAAUGUGUGGACAUUGUCAGCAUCAGAUAUGGCAGAUGAUGAUUUAGAUCUAGUGGACGAAGAUGACCUUUUGGAUGAGGAUGACCUAAAAAAGCCAGAUCCAGAAUCGCUUCGAGCUGAUUGUGGAACAGGGACAGGGAAGAAAAAAGCCUGCAAAAAUUGGUAA